AUGAACGGGUGUAUUCGGCGAUACUACGCUACUCCGUUGUGGCCGCUUGAACAAGCCGAUAGUAGUCAAAGCCGAUGUCCAGAUGAAAGUUCACUGCAGCCGCCGGAGAACACCGUGAAUAGCCAGAGCCAGCGUGCAGGAGAUGAAGAGAGCUCAUCAUUGGGUCGUUCGCACCUGCCAAAUAGCGCUAGCUUACCUUCAGUGAAAGUCACGAUGGGUCGACCAAUUCAUACCGUACGUUUGUCGGCAGCCCCAGUGAGUACAACCACUCACGAUCACCAACACUGCCGUGAGCCAAAGAACUGCAGCAGUGGCAUUUCGCAUGCGUUCAGCAAUGGUAUGAGCCGUGAUGAGCUUCUUCUUGCAAACUGUAUCCUGGAAGUUUUGCGGUUACGUUCUUCCCUCGAUGAACUACAAAUAGGGGACACGAAGCCCUUUUUUGCUGCCCAGAAGUGGAUGGUGAAGAUGUUAUUUAUUGACGAACAUGGCUCGUCGUCUGAUCUCGUAACUCCGCUGUGUUUCCGGCUCUACACAAUGUAUGUGGACAGGAAAAGGCUAUGCGUAAUAUGCGGAGACUCUCGUGACGAGCGAGAGAUGAGGAGUGCAUCUGCGACAAAAGUGCAGAAUGCGAUCCUGCUAGCGUGUUUGUCAGCAUGUGGUGGGCUCAAGAAAACCGUGGACGCGAAGACCGUCUAUGAUGAGUGCCACGUGAACAGGCGAUUCCUAUGUCAUCCGCAUUAUGUUCUCGCGGCGCAAUUCAUAGCGGCUGAGAUGGAGUCGGUCGGAAAGCAGUUCCAGCAUUUUGAAGAUCCGCAGGCUUCUGGCAGCACGGCAUAUGUGGGGAUGAGCGAAAUUCCGUCUCAUGUUGUGAAAUUUGUGAACGAUUUCAUGUCUGCAGCAAAUGCAAGUUCCUCUUCCUGUGAAAGUCACGAUUAG